CGCGGAGAGUCCCAGGAGGUGUUCUCGCGAGACUACGGCGGGAGGCUCCUGUUUGCUGGCUCGGGAACUGAGACCACUGGAGUCUCAGCGGGUGCUGCAGCUGGAGUGGGAUUCCCUGGCGCAGUCCGGAGUCGGCCUGGUCGGGAAGAGGGUGCAGGGAGACCGCGGCGGGCGCAGCCUAGAGCGCCGGAGCACCCUCCUGCCCUUAGCCGGGCGCGCCCCUGUCGCUGAGGGCGUCAAGCCGCUGGGACUGACAGGGGCCGCGCGCGCGGGAGUCUGCGGGGUCGCUGCAGCCGCACCUGCGCGGGCGGCCAGUGCGGGAUCCCUGUCCGAUUGGUAGGGCAACGAGGGCCCAGGAGCGGGUGCGGGUGCAGGCGGGGGCCCCGCAGGGCCACCUCCUAGCCCCGCGGCCGCCGCUGGAAGAUGUCUCAGGAGAGGCCCACGUUCUACCGGCAGGAGCUGAACAAGACAAUCUGGGAGGUGCCCGAGCGUUACCAGAACCUGUCCCCGGUGGGCUCCGGCGCUUAUGGCUCCGUGUGUGCUGCUUUUGACACAAAAACUGGGUUACGUGUGGCAGUGAAAAAGCUAUCCAGACCAUUUCAGUCCAUCAUUCAUGCCAAAAGGACCUACAGAGAACUGCGGUUACUUAAACAUAUGAAACACGAAAAUGUGAUUGGUCUGUUGGAUGUUUUUACACCUGCAAGGUCUCUGGAGGAAUUCAAUGAUGUGUAUCUUGUGACCCAUCUCAUGGGGGCAGAUCUGAACAAUAUUGUGAAAUGUCAGAAGCUUACGGAUGACCAUGUUCAGUUCCUUAUCUACCAAAUUCUCCGAGGUCUAAAGUAUAUACAUUCAGCUGACAUAAUUCACAGGGACCUGAAACCUAGUAAUCUAGCUGUGAAUGAAGACUGUGAGCUGAAGAUCCUGGAUUUUGGACUGGCUCGACAUACAGAUGAUGAAAUGACAGGCUAUGUGGCCACUAGGUGGUACAGGGCUCCUGAAAUCAUGCUAAACUGGAUGCAUUACAACCAGACAGUUGAUAUUUGGUCAGUGGGAUGCAUAAUGGCUGAACUGUUGACUGGAAGAACAUUGUUUCCUGGUACAGACCAUAUUAACCAGCUUCAGCAGAUUAUGCGUCUGACGGGGACACCCCCUGCUUAUCUCAUUAACAGGAUGCCAAGCCAUGAGGCACGAAACUAUAUUCAGUCUUUGACCCAGAUGCCGAAGAUGAACUUUGCGAAUGUAUUUAUUGGUGCCAAUCCCCUGGCUGUUGACUUGCUGGAGAAGAUGCUUGUGUUGGACUCAGAUAAGAGAAUCACGGCAGCCCAAGCCCUUGCACAUGCCUACUUUGCUCAGUACCACGAUCCUGAUGAUGAACCAGUGGCCGAUCCUUACGAUCAGUCCUUUGAAAGCAGGGACCUCCUUAUAGAUGAGUGGAAAAGCCUGACCUACGAUGAAGUCAUCAGCUUUGUGCCACCACCCCUUGACCAAGAAGAGAUGGAGUCCUGAGCACUUGGUUUCUGUUCUGUUGAUCCCACUUCACUGUGAGGGGAAGGCCUUUUCAUGGGAACUUUCCAAAUAUCAUUCAAGUGCCUCUUGUUGCAAUGAUUUCCUCCAUGGUGGAAGGGGUGGGGGGGCGGGUGUGUGUAUGUGUGUGCGUGUGUGUGUGUGCUUGUGUGUUAGUGUGUGUGCAUGUGUAUGUCUGUCUUUUUGGGAGGUUAAGUGAAUAAUAUGAGCAAACUAUGAUCACAGUGACUUUACGUGAAGUUGCAGAUGCUCCAUGGCAGCCUCCACUUGCUCUUCUUUCUAAGAGUUGGCUCAGGCAGACAAGAGCUGCCAUCUUGUUAGUGAUAUGUUAAAUGCGAAGUAAAAAAUAUUAACUGUCCCUGAUCCCAGUCAUGCUUUUGCCACCUUUGCCUCGCCUGUGGCCCCACCUUGAUGGUAGCGGGGUAGACUUGACCACAUCCCACUGUGGCACAGAGAGAAGGCUUCCACCUUCUGGCUGCUUCAGAUCCAAAGCUGUCCUGCAGCGAUGCGUCUAGCCAAAAAGGACCAACUGGCUUCUGUGCAUUAUCCUGUGAUUAACUUGCUUAGUAUGGGUCUCAGAACUUGACAGGUGUAUUUGAAGCUGUAAAUAUGUUUGUGCCUUAAAAGGAGAGAAGAAAGUGUAGAUAGUUAAAAGACUGCAGCUGCUGAAGUUCUGAGCCAGGCAAGUAGACAGGGCUGUCGGACGGUUGCUUGUGAGCCUGAUGUAACCAGGCAGCCCAGAGAGGUUAGCCACGUGUGCAUGUGUGAGCAUGCGUAUCUGUGCAUCUCUCUCUCUCCUUCAGCCCCCAGUGGUGUUGCCGUUUCUUUGCUUACCCUUCACCUUCAGUGCAGGGCUUCGUGAGUAUUGGCCCAGUAGUCAGAAGCAGGUUCUUGCUGUCAAUGUACUUUCCGUGUGCUCUUUAUUUCUAGCAGAGUGAGGAUAUGUUUUGCACGUCUUACUAUUUGAGCAUGCACAGCUGCUUGUCCUCUUCGGGAGGCCUUGGUGCCAGGCGGGUUUGCCAGUGAAGACCUCUUGGGUAGUUCAGAUCCCAUGUCACCUCCCCUGAUGCCCCUAUGGACAAGUGACAUCAUCCUCUCUUCAGCCCCCAGUGCUAUUUUGUGUUGAACACAAUCGAUACUCCAGGUGCUUUUGAUGUGAAAACCAUGAAAAAAUGGAACAGAUGGAUGUAUAGCAUUUUCAUUCUUACCAUCUGGUUUUCAACAACUCUUUUGGGGGAGCUAUCAUUGGAAAGAUCAGGGCUUUUCCCAGGAAUAUCCCAAACUUUGGAAAACAAGUUGUUCUUUUCACUCCUAAUAACCAGUGCUAAGAAAUGCUGAAAAUCAAAGUGAAAAAUAAAAGCUCAUGAGGCCAGAAACUCCUUUUACUAUCUUUCUCUAAAUAUGGUUAUUAAAUAGCAACAAGGUGUCUUUUCCACCCCUUAAAAGAAAAGGGUCUUGUUGGCAGCUUUAUAUUUGCUUUUUGGUCUUGGUUUGGGGAGAAAUAAAUUUUGCUUCAGAAUUUUAUAUAUUGCAGGAAUCCUUUGAGAAUGUGAUUCCUUUUGAUGGGGAGAAAGGGCAAAUUAUUUUGAUAUUUUGUAUUUUCAACUUUAUAAAAAUGAAAUAUCCUCAGGGGUGGAGAAGAGUCGUUUUCAUAAUUUUCUGAAUUUCAGGCAUUUUGUGCUUUGUAAGGGCCCAUAUAUCAAAGACUUUUGUGUAAUAAGAAAGUGUAAAGCUACUUCCAGUGUUGACUGUGUGACAAAAUUUUGUAUUUGGGCCAAGUGUUUUCAUUUCUCUAUUAGUGCAGUGAUACAUGUACUCCAGAGGGACAGGGUAGGACCCUGAAUCAACUGGAGCCAGAAGGAAGGAGGCAGACUGAUGGUGAUUCCACCUCACCUGGGAUUCUCCCCGUCUCUAAAGGAAAGUGAACGUAAAGGCCUCAUCUUUUAUAUGCAGUUCAAAUCCUCGCCAUCCACACCAAGAUGAAUUUUAUCAGCCAUGUUUGGUUGUAAAUGCUAGUGUGUUUUCCUACAGAAAUACUGCUCUAAAUAUUUUUUAAUAAAGGUCUUUGCACAUGUGACCACAUACGUGUUAGGAGGCUGCAUGCUCCAGGAGCCUGGACUCUAAGCUGGACCUCACAGAAGAGCUCCCUGGUUUCUGAGCAGAGUGCUCCCAUCUCCUGAUUUCUCUGAACAGAAAACAAGAGAGAAUGAGGGAAACUGCUAUUUUAUUUGUAUUCAUGAAGUUGGCUGUAAUCAGUUAUGCCAUCUAGGAUGUCAAACAAUACCACUGGUUAAAAUAAAGCCUAUUUUUCAAAUUCA